CAUAAUCAUCAGCUGUGAGGCAAGCAUUGAUUUUACACGAUAAAUAUUGACAGCGACAGACAUGUUCCUUUGCGAGUCCCACUUGGCAAUACUGAAAUCGGCCGCGCAACUACUCUCUCGUGACCACCGGCUUCAAGAAGGGAGGAGAUGAUAGGUAGCUAGAACAGAGCGCAAGCGAACACGCAGGCGCGGCUCAGCCAUCACAGGCGGAAGCCGUCGUCCUCUUGCUCGCUCGCGUGAGAGCGAGAACCAGCAGGAGUGCCGAUGAAUUUGCUCUUUUUGGCCGUGAAUUAUUGCUACCUGUAACAAGCAGAGAGCGGAUGAGGGAUUAGGUAGCUGGAUUGGUGGGGUGGAUUGGUGGGAAGAAUCGAUAGACAGCGAGAGAUGAAGCUCCACUUGUUGGUGAGGUUCCUGUUCGGGCCCGUGCCGGUUUACUUCUCGGCGCUGGCCAUCCUCAUCGUGCUCACCAACGCGCAGUACUUCGGGCUGGUGGGCGUCGGCGUCGCGCCGCGCACGGCGAAGUUGGCGUCAUCGACGCCGGUGGUGAGCGUGAUGAAGUACUGCGACAUCUUCCGCGGGGAGUGGGUGCCCGACGCUGAGGCGCCCUACUACAACCACAAGACGUGCCAAAUGAUCCAGGAGCACCAGAACUGCCUCAAGUACGGCCGCCCGGACCUCGGGUUCCUCAAGUGGCGGUGGCGCCCCUCGGGGUGCGAGCUGCCGCGCUUCGAACCCCUGCAGUUCCUGCAGUUCGUCCGCCACAAAUCGCUCGCCUUCGUGGGGGACUCCUUGGCGCGCAAUCACAUGCAGUCCCUGCUCUGCCUCCUCUCGCAGGUGGCGUAUCCCAAGGACGUGUCGGCGAACCCGACGGACCAGAACAAGGUGUACUACUACCGGGCGUACAACUUCACGAUCAACAUGUUCUGGUCGCCGUUCCUGGUGCGCGCGCGAGAGCCCGACCACGACGGCCCCGCGCACACGGGCCACUAUAGCCUCUACCUCGACGAGCCCGACGAGAAGUGGGUGUCCCAGAUCUCCCGGUUCGACUACGUGAUGGUGUCCGCGGCGAACUGGUUCUCGCGGCCCUCGCUCUUCUACGAGAAGCGCCGCCUGAUCGGGUGCAGCUUCUGCAGCCGGCAGUACGGCGUCCCGGACCUGACGCUCUACUACUCGCAGCGGCGCGCGUGGCGCGUGGCGCUGCGAGCGAUCAACGCGCUGGACGACCUCCGGGGCAGGGUCGUCGUGCGGAUGCUGUCGCCCAUGUCGCACUUCGAGAACGGGACGUGGGACCAUGGCGGCGACUGCAAGCGCACGCAGCCGCUCCGGGCGAACGAGACGACGAUGGAGGGCCGCGACCUGCACUUCUACAACGCGCAGAUGGAGGAGUUCCGCGCGGCGGAGAAGGCGGCCCGGGAGAAGGGCCGGCGGCUGAUGCUGAUGGACGCGACGGCGGCGAUGCUGAUGCGGCCCGACGGGCACCCGAGCCGGUACGGGCACUGGCCCAACGAGAAGGUGCAGCUGUACAACGACUGCAUCCACUGGUGCCUGCCAGGCCCCAUCGACAUCUGGAACGACAUGCUUUUCCAGAUGCUCCUCGCCUAGCGCAAGAAGAUAAUCGCCGGUAACCGUGCACAGAUUUGUUUUAAGAUACAAUUUUGACGAGAAUUCGUCCCCGAAAGCCUAGAUCCGUUCGUCCUCUUUCCUCGUGAUUUUGUGUCGAUCGACGGGAAUUUUUUUUGGUCGGUCGGCACCGUGAAAAGGAACGAAAAGGAGGCGCCUUUCUGUAUGGCUGGGCUCACGCUGUCACGCAGUGGCGCGUACCCAAAAGGUUGCGGUCAUUUUCGAAUUGAAACGGAAGUUACUCCACCCUUCACAUCA